UUUCAUUGAGGGCCACACGGCAGUGAUGGCUGCUCUCAGAGGGCCACCUGAAAUACUGAGUAAUUUAAUAACUAUGUAUAAGGAUUCACUUCAUGAUAUUACACAUUUCCCUAUGUAUUGGAUAGUUAUGUUGUUGACGUACUGCCAAAAGUAUUUAGACUGGCAGCUCAAUUUUAUUGUAUAAUUUAGUGUUUUUUUACAACAGCCAUCCAUCCAUCCAUUUUUCCUACCGCUUGUCCCUUUCGGGGUCGCAGGGGGUGCUGGAGCCUAUCUCAGCUGCAUUCGGGCUGAAGGUGGGGUACACCCUGGACAAGUCGCCACCUCAUCGCAGGGCCAACCCAGAUAGACAACAUUCACACUCACACACUAGGGCCACUUUUUAGUGUUGCCAAUCAACCUAUCACUGUAAAUGGUAAGAAUAGUACCACUGUUUUUACGGUAAAAUUCUGGCAACAGAGUGGUCAGUUUUUUUUCACCAUAAAAUCUCUUUGGUUGUUUUCACGGUGCAUUACUGUUUAUGGAAAAUAGUGCCACUGCUUUCUACUAUGAGAUUCUGUCACUUUAUCAUAAAAUCUAUGGUUGUUUAUACAGUGUAUUACUGUAAAUGAAAACAAUCGGAACCAUGAGGUUUUAUUUACUGUAAAAUUCAGUUUACUGAACAGCCCAGUUAUGUUUUUUUACCAUAACAUUUUUUACAGUGUACAAUCUAAUGGAUAACUUGAAAUUAUAAGUCUAUCACGUAUUUUAACAAAACACAUUUGUAAUGUAUGAUAUUUGAUACAUUAAACAAUAUUGGAUAAAAAUAUAUGUUAGUGCAUGCAGUACACACAUUUUUUUCUGUCAAAAUGGAAAGAAGACAUUUUGUAAGAAAUGAUAUAAAAAAAAACGGACACGUUUAGAGGCUUCUGCGAGCCACAAUACAUGAUUUGAUGGGCCACCUUGAAUGAUGUGGUGGACCACAAAUGAUGAAAAGGGCCACUAAAAAUGAUCUGAAGGGCCAAAUUAAAUAUAAAGGGCCACAUUUAAUGAUGUGGCAGGCCACAUAUAUAAUGUGAAGGGCCACCUUAAAUGAUAUGGCGGGCCACAAUAAAUUAUGUGAAGAGCCACCUUAAAUUAUAUAGCGGGCUACCUUAAAUGUGAAGGGCCACAUAAAAUGAUAUGGUGGGCCACAAUAAAUGUGAAGGGCCACAUUAAAUUAUAUGACGGGCCACGAUAAAUUAUGUGAAGAGCCACAUUAAAUGAUAUGGCGGGCCACAAUAAAUUAUGUGAAGAGCCACAUUAAAUGAUAUGGCGGGCCACAAUAAAUUAUGUGAAGAGCCACCUUAAAUUAUAUGGCGGGCUACCUUAAAUGUGAAGGGCCACAUACAAUUAUAUGGCGGGCCACAAUAAAUGUGAAGAGCCACAUAAAAUGAUGUGGCAGGGCACAAUGAUGUGAAGGGCCAAUUAAAUGACAUGGCGGGCCACCAUAAAUGGUGUGAAGCACCUCCUUAAAUGAUGUGAAGCGCCUCAAACGAUGUGGCGGGCAACAAUAAAUGAUGUGAAGGGCCACAAUUAAUUAUUUGAAGGGCUACCUUAAAUGACGUAGCGGGCUACAGUAAAUGAUGUGAAGGGCUACCUUAAAUGAGAAGGUUCACCUUAAAUGAUAUGGCAGGCCACAAUAAUGAUGUGGCAAUCCACAAUGAUGUGAAGGACCAAUUUAAAGGCCUACUGAAAUUAUUUUUUUAAAAAUUUAAACGGGAAUAGCAGAUCCAUUCUAUGUGUCAUACUUGAUCAUUUCGCGAUAUUGCCAUAUUUUUGCUGAAAGGAUUUAGUAGAGAAAAUCGACGAUAAAGUUCGCAACUUUUGCUCGCUGAUAAAAAAAGCCUUGCCUGUACCGGAAGUAGCAUGACGUCAGAGGAGGUAAUAUCCUCACAAUUUUCCUUUGUUUACAAUGGAGCGAGAGAGAUUCGGACCGAGAAAGUGACGAUCACCCCAUUAAUUUGAGCGAGGAUGAAAGAUUCGUAGAUGAGGAACGUUACAGUGAAGGACUUGAGAGGCAGUGAUGGACGUAUCUUUUUUCGCUCUGACCGUAACUUAGGUACAAGCUGGCUCAUUGGAUUCCACACUCUCUCCUUUUUCUAUUGCGGAUCACGGAUUUGUAUUUUAAACCACCUCGGAUACUAUAUCCUCUUGAAAAUGAGAGUCGAGCACGCGAAAUGGACAUUUAAAGUGACUUUUAUCUCCAAGACAAUACAUCGGUGACACACUUAGCUACUGAGCUAACGUGAUAGCAUCGUUCUCAAAUGCAGAUAGAAACAAAAUUUAAAAAAACCCUGACUGGAAGGAUAGACAGAAGAUCAACAAUACUAUUAAACCAUGUACAUGUAACUACACGGUUAAAAAUUCUCAGCCUGGUACGGCUUAACUAUGCUGUUGCUAACGACGCUAAGGCUAAUUUAGCAACUUAGCAACCGGACCUCACAGAACUAUGUACUCUCUCCUUUUCUAUUGUGGAUCACGGAUUUGUAUUUUAAACCACCUCGGAUACUAUAUCCUCUUGAAAAUGAGAGUCGAGAACGCGAAAUGGACAUUUAAAGUGACUUUUAUCUCCAAGACAAUACAUCGGUGACACACUUAGCUACUGAGCUAACGUGAUAGCAUCGUUCUCAAAUGAAGAUAGAAACAAAAGAAAUAAACCCCUGACUGGAAGGAUAGACAGAAGAUCAACAAUACUAUUAAACCAUGUACAUGUAACUACACGGUUAAACAUUCUCAGCCUGGUAAGGCUUAACAAUGCUGUUGCUAACGACGCUAAGGCUAAUUUAGCAACUUAGCAACAAGACCUCACAGAACUAUGAUAAAAACAUUAGCGCUCCACCUACGCCAGCCAGCCCUCAUCUUCCCAUCAACAGCCGUGCUGGCGCGACAAAGGACUUCAUCCGUUGUUUUGGCCGCAAGCAUCGGCUAGGCGUCUGCUAUCAGGCACUGCAAAGCAGGACGCCUAACAGGAAGUGAGGUCACGUCCAGCGGGAGGAUGAUCACUUUCAUCCUGAUGGUGAACCGCCAGGGUCAGACCCGUCUAUGCAGGUACUACCAGCCGCUCAAGCUGAGCCAGCGCACGGCGUUGGAGACUGACGCGGUCCGCUGCUGUCUGAGCCGCGGGCGAGACCAGUGUUCCUUUGUGGAGUACAAGGACUUCAAACUGGUGUUCCGCCAGUACGCCGCCCUCUACAUUGUAGCAGGUGUCACCGACGACGAGAACGAGCUGUCAGUCUACGAGCUUCUGCAGAACUUUGUGGAAGUUCUGGAUAAAUACUUCAGCCGGGUGAGCGAACUGGACAUCAUGUUCAACCUGGACCGAGUCCACCUCAUCCUGGACGAGAUGGUCCAGAAUGGACACAUCGUGGAGACCAACAGGAGCAGCGUUCUGGCGCCGCUCACAGCUCUCGACAAGAUGGCGAACGGCUGACGUGCUUUUAUUUUGCAGUAGAGAUGGCCCGACAUGUCUUAAUGUUGUGCUUAAUUUAGCAGCAAAAAACAUCAAACACCUUUAUUCCCAGAGUCUGAAUAAUUAAUAUAAUUAAUGUGCAAGUUCACUUCCUACCUUGUUUACUUACGUGACGACCUCCUUAAAGUUUUGUAAUCAGUGUUUCUCAUUUUUCACAUAAUGCAUUGCAAUGGAUUUAAAUGGGUGUCAUUUUGAAUUGUGUGCUGUGCUUGGACGUUUUGGACAACAUCUACAAAGUUAAGUGAGCAGGUUGUGUUGGGUUCGGUGUUUUUUCUGUGCCAUGAGUGGGAAAGCUUGUUUGGAUUCGUCGCCCCCCGGUGGCCUCCCCCAAAGAAGACCAGUGCAGCUUCUUGCUACUUUGCAAACAUUUUAAUGAUCUUUUUUUGUCGGAGCAAACACAUUUGAAAAUAUCUGUCGAGUUGAAACUGCAACUUGAGUUAAAUAAAUGUUUAUAAUAUACAAAGAAA